AUGUUCAGGAGGCUGAGCGAGGAGGGAGGCACGGCCGUCAGCGAGCACCGCAUCGGGGACCUCCCGGACGACCUGCUGGCGUACCUGGUGUCGUUCCUGCCCUCGCGCGACUCCGUGCGGACGUGCGUGCUGGCCCGGCGCUGGCGCACGCUCUGGAUGUCCGUGCCCGCGCUGCGCCUCGAGGACGACCCGCGGAGCGACGGCAGCCCCAGGAGCAAGUUCGUGGACGAGCUGCUGUGCCGCCGCCACCCGACACCUCUGAACCUAUGUGACAUCUGUUCUGAUUACGACACCUUUCACUGCGAGGAGGCGUUCAAACGCAUCAAGCCGUGGCUCCGGUACGCUUUCUCGCAUGACGUUCGGGCGCUGCGAGUCGUCGCUGGUUCGUUGACAACCAACCUGGUCCUUGUCUCGUCACACCUGAAGAGGGUAGAGCUUUGUUUCAUGCAGUUCAAAGGCUCUGUGGAUUUCACGGGCUGUCGGGUGCUAGAUGUGUUAGAGAUGAAAGGUUGUAAUAUCCUUGCGAGCAUCUUGUGUCAGUCAGUACGACAUCUUACCGUCAAAGGCGGGCGUUUUGAUGAUAAAAUCCGCCGUCGUAUUUCUGCCCCAAAUCUCAUCAGCUUGAAACUAGCUCCAUACCAGGGUUUGACUCCGUUGCUUGAUAGCAUGCCGUCGCUGGUAACAGCAUCUGUUGAAUCCUUUGACCAGCAGUAUCAUUACUGUUUUGAUGUACCAUGUGAAGGAUGUGAUAGGCAAGCAGGAUUUUGUGUGGUUUUGGAAGGCUUGUCUGCUGCUACAAAUUUGGAGUUAACAACUGAUGAUCAGUUAUCUGUUUUCAGAAUGGAUUUGAAAUGGUGCCCCAUGUUUAGCAAGCUCAAAUGCUUGUUGCUGAACAAAUGGUGUGUGGCUGGUGAUUUCACUGGAUUAGUUUACUUCCUCCAGCACUCAUCAAUUCUAGAGACGCUGACACUUCUGCUUGAUUUUCGAACUCACGAGAAAGGGCAUGUGAUGGAAACAUAUGACCCAAAGGAACAAUCACCACUAUUGAAGCAUCUCAAGGUAGUCAAAAUCAUAUGCAGCUCGACGAAGGAAGAUGUUAUAGUUGACCGUAUCCUAAAGAUCCUCUGUGCCCAUGGAGUGCCUUCCGAGCAAAUUGACAUCCAAUAG